UUUUUUAAGAUAAAACGAAUCGCAACAAUCAAAAUUUCUUCUUCUUUGUAGUGUGGAAUCCAUAAAUGGUGAUGAUAAAAACUGCUUUUACUGAUUGGAUCGCCCACUUUCUCGCCUGCAUGGGUGGUUGCUUUGGGUGCUGCAGUAAGUCCACACCAAUAAUUGCUGUGGAUGAGCCAUCAAAGGGAUUGAAAAUUCAAGGGCGGACUGUGAAGAAACCUACCAUAUCAGAUGAUUUUUGGAGCUCGAGCACAUGUGAUUUGGAAAACAGUGCUGUUCAAUCCCAGAGAAGCAUUUCAUCUAUCAGCAUAUCAAAUCAGACCCUCAAUCACUGUGGUGGAAAUAAUGGCACGAGCAGCCAUUCUGAAUUUGUUAAUCAUGGUCUUCUUCUCUGGAAUCAAGUAAGACUUGAGUGGAUUGGAAGUAGCAAGUCAAAGAAUCAAACUCAACAUAGUUGGGAACCUAAAUCAAGCUGGCCUGCUACAUAUGAAAGUUUACUUGGAUCCAGAAAUCCUUUUCCUAGGCCCAUCCCUCUCAAUGAAAUGGUUGAUUUUCUGGUGGAUGUAUGGGAGCAUGAAGGAUUGUAUGAUUGAGUAAUUGAAAUGCAAAAAUGGUUUAGUUUAUCAUAAGUGUAGAUCCCCUACGUCUGUGUCUGUUUUUAAGAGGAUUCUGUAAAUAGUUGUGGGGAAAUGGAAGAACAAUUUGAUCAACAGGUUUCUUGCUCUUCUGUAGCACUUUAUGAUAGUAAUGUUGACGUAUAUUUUCUCUAUUUUAUUGUUU